UCUCUUUCUUCGCCCGAGGCUGAUAUAUUUAUACGUGUACAGGGAAGGGAAAAGGAGAAAAAGGAGGAAGGGAGGGGAGCGAAGAGUGGUGGAGAGGAAAAGUGCCGAGCAAAAAUGGUGAAGGAGUUGACGGAAGAGCAGAUUUCAUCGAUGCGCGAGGCGUUCUCUCUAUUCGACAGCGACGGAGAUGGGCGGAUCGCGGCGUCGGAGCUCGGGAUCCUGAUGCGGUCGUUGGGGGAGAACCCCACUCAGGCUCAGCUCAAGGACAUCAUCGCCCGCGAGAACCUCAAUGCCCCUUUCGAUUUCCCUCGUUUCCUGGAGCUCAUGAAAACCCACAUGACUGGCCAGCCCUUCGAUCGCCAGCUCCGCGAUGCCUUCAAGGUUCUCGACAAGGAGUCCACCGGAUACGUCUCCGUCGCCGACCUCCGCCACAUUCUCACCAGCAUCGGCGAGAAGCUUGAGCCCGCCGAGUUCGACGAGUGGAUCCGUGAGGUUGAUGUUGGCCCCGAUGGUAGGAUCCGCUACGAGGAUUUCAUCGUCAGGAUGGUUGCCAAAUAGUAGUCUUGAGGUCGAGCAGAUCCUUCCUUUCUCUUCUUUUUCUCCGCUGCUUCGAUCUUCCAUCCCUUUUCUUAUCCUUUCUUUUUCUUGCUUCCAAGUAACAACCAUCGGAUCUAUCGUGGUGAUGUAACUGCUGCCGUUGCCAGGUGAAACUGGGCAACGUCAACAUAUGUUUCUCUCAUUCGGUUUUUGUUCAUUUUUUCUUUUCGACCCCCUUUUUUGUUCUGAUCGCUCUGCUUUGUACUUCUCUUUUUCGCGUGGUGAUUUGGUUUUUGGGAUGCUCUUGCGGUGGUCUUGGUCCGGUGUGGAUUGUGCCAGGUCGGAUGUGACUGCUUUUGUGAUGUAGUUUGUAUGGUUCUUUUGAUCCUUAAAGCAUGGGAUUUGUGGCAUUCUCCUUCC